AUGGCGAACUUCCCACCUAUCGAUGUGGCUAUUGCCAAUCCUGAGGCUCGCUUCCUCGGAGACCAAGAGCCCCGUCGCAUGUCGAGACACGCACUGCGGAAUCUCGCCAACAACGACAACAGUCACAGCUAUCCUUAUUGCUGGGGGUUCAUCAUCUUCCGCACAGUCUAUACACCAGGUUCCGGUGAGGCGGUCGCCGCGGCUGUUGAUCGCCUGAGCCGUUACGCAAAGCACUUCAUCGACAAUGAGUCUAUGCCACCUCGCAUCAAUGACCCUUGUGAUCCGCUGCCGAACCAGGACCUCUGGAGCCGCUACUACAGCGAGGUUAUCGAGGAUGAAAAAACUCUGUCUAACGCCCCCGUGGACGAAGUUGGCCGGCGAUUUGACGAAUGGAUCAAGGCGAGCCGCACACCAGUCGACUACGCCAAUGAGCGCUUCCAUUGCCCGAACGGCAGGUUUCGCUUCUGCCUGCUGUUAGACCAAGAGAGCAUCGACAAUAUUCUCGCCAUGCCUGAGGAUCCACGAACGCCUCUCAAGUUGGACCGCCAAAUGCCUCUGCGCUGGGCAAAGGUUGUGACCAACGAAACGAUGCGUGAUGGUCGGCGCUGGUGGUUACGUGUUGGGAUUGCUGAGUACCUGUGGCCGCUAUGGUUCUUGGGCUUUGAUUCGGAUGCGAUAGUCGAGGAGAUGGGGUGGAUGGAUGAGAGUGAGGGGAUUCAGAAUCUGUGGGGAACUCCGGACAUGUGGUUUGAGAAGAGAAUGGAGGUGUAUAGGUAA